AUGAUGCAGGCACGAUUGCGGAGCCUGGUGUUGGCGUUGGUGCUGUUGCCGGCUCUGGUUAUGGCAGCUUUUGAUGAUUGCGAAUGCAACGAGUCGUGGACGAGCUUUGCUUGCACUCGAUGCUUUGGCCCGUGCCCACGUACACUCGAGCCUGUGAAGCGAUUCGAAGAGCUUACUACCAAGCCCGGCCCGGCCAAGAAGCUCAUGGGCCAGGAGCGCGCCGCCGUCCUCAUCGCCGAUGCCCUUCGUGCAGCAAGCGGCAAGAAGCCCCUCACCUUCCACUUCUGCGGCGAGAAUGGGGUGGGCAAGAGCCACACCGCGCUGCUGUUGGCCGAGGCCUACUUCGCCUACAAGGACAAGAAGACCGACAUGUACAAGGGCCUCUUGUGGAUCAGCGGCAAGCAGUACCAGAUGGCCAAGAGCGAGGAGGAGAUCAAGGCGGCGAGGGAGUACAUUCACGAGCAGAUCAUCGACCACUUGGCCACGUGCCCCCAGGCCAUCAUCGUCAUUGAUGAAGCGGAGAUGAUGCGGGCGGACAUCCUGCGCGUCGUGGGCGCUUUCAUGGACGACUCGCAAACGACUGUGUCGAGCUUGAAGGACCCGUCCAAGCGGGUCAACACGAAGGAGGCCAUCAUCAUUCUCAUCAGCGACUUUGGCCGGGACGAGAUCAGAACGGGCGACUCCUGGGACGAGAUCGCCGAGAGGGUCCACCGUGAGACCAAAGCCAUCUUGCAGGAGGACCUCAUGGUGCAGCGCAUUCAGUACCAUAUCCCCUUCUCGCCGGUGCCCGACCUCAACUGCACCGCGCGGGUCGGCAAGGUGUCGGCCCCCGUUGAGGAGCUGGUGAGCCUGCUCGUGCGACAGCUCAAGGAGCACCCCGCCGCCAAACGCGACAACAUCGUCAUCAAAAAGUACCUGCCCUUCUUUGCGACAACGGUGGGCGCGGACAUUCACGCGAUCGCGGAGAAGCUGAUCCACUUCAUGGUGGCGCACGAGCACUACUGCGAGCGGAACUAUCGAGGCAUCGAGGGCCUCUUCGCCACCAAGGUCGUCGGCCCCAUCCUCAAGCAGAUGCCCGAGCCCCGCCCCUCCACACAAGAAGUGACCGUGCUUGUCAAGGUGCCGUUUGAUCAGAGCGUCGUCCAGCCUGCUCGAGCACCCGGCGGUGGACGAGAGGACCUUUGA